UCAUUUGGUAUGUACAUAAUUCCACAUUCGAUCGACAACGUCGAACGCGUUUGGGUGACAGUAUCUCUCGAGCUAAAAGCGUUUAAGGCCUCUUACAAAUAUAACUGACCGCGGUGAAAUUUUCAACAAAUCAACAAAUCGACAUCUGUAGAGUCUUAACUAACGAUUAGUGCAAACUAAAGUUAAUCAACAACAACAAACAACCCAACUCAAACACAAAAACCAUAACAACAACAACAAACAUGUCCAACAGGGCAACGAUAACAAAAACUACAGCCGAUGAGAUUGAUAAGAUACGUCUUAAUCUGGCCGAUGAUUGGAAAGCGCUGCGCGUUGUCUAUGAUUUGUUGCAUAACGAGAAAGCGUUUUGUGUGUCCGAAGCGGAUCGCGACGCCGUAAAAAUUGUACACUUUAUGCAGCCAGACGAAUUGAGGUUCAUUACACGUAUAAGACCGCGCGAUACUUACUCCACCUCCAUCUUUACAAAUAGGUAUGGCCUUGUCCUGGCCCGCUACAGUCGUCAUCCGGACGUCAAAACCGCUGGCAUGUUUGGCAUGCGUCCACUUGUCCUCUUCACAUCUGAAGAAUCGCAUUAUAGUUUCAUCAAAGCCGCCCAUUGGCUGGGUUUAGGCGCCGAUAAUUGUGUGGUCGUCAAAACAAAUGAAUAUGGUCAAAUGCUGCCAACCGAUUUGGAGGCGAAAAUUGUGAAGGCACAAGAGGCGGGGCAUGAGCCGUUCUUUGUGAAUGCUACCGCUGGCACCACGGUGUUAGGGGCAUUCGAUGAUCUCAAUGCAACAGCCGAUGUGUGUGAGAAAUAUGGAUUGUGGUUGCAUGUGGAUGCAUGCCUAGGUGGUUCAGCUCUUCUAUCCUAUGAGAAUCGUCACCUGCUGGCCGGCCUUGAGCGCACAAACUCUUUCGCUUGGAAUCCACACAAAUCGCUCGGUGCUCCACUACAAUGUUCGCUCUUUAUCACGCGCGAACGUGACCUACUCUCGCGCUGCAAUAGCACACAAGUAAAUUACCUCUUUCAGCAGGACAAAUUUUACGAUGUCUCCUAUGACACAGGCAAUAAGAGUAUACAAUGUGGACGCAAAAUUGAUGCAUUUAAAUUUUGGCUAAUGCUGAAAGCUCGUGGCUAUGGUAGUUUUGGACGGCUUCUCGAUCAUGGAAUAAAUAUCUCGAAAGUGCUAAUUAAGAAAAUAAAGCAACGUGGAAGCGAUCGUUUUCGUUUGGUUCUGGAUGAUUUUCAAUACAUGAACGUUUGCUUUUGGUACAUACCGAAGGCGUUAAGAGGUCUCGAGGAAACUGAUGAGUGGCGGGAACGGCUAUUUACGGUUGCGCCCAAGAUUAAGGAGCGCAUGGCUUAUAGCGGCACAGUGAUGAUCGGAUACACGCCAUUGCAAUAUCGCGGCUUGGGUAAUUUUUUCCGCAUGGUUUUCACCUGUUUUCCCGUGUUAGAAGAGCCGGAGCUUGAUUGUAUUUUGGACGAAAUUGAGCGCUUGGGUGAAGAGUGCGAGUAUUAGUUCAAUAAAAUGAGAUUAGUUAUGAUUUAAGAUUUCUUGUACACAAAGUGAUUUUGAAAUAAAAGAAAUAAAAU